AUGGGCUUUUAUAAAAAACAAAUUAAUUUAAAUAUAAUUUUGAGCAAUAAAAAAUUUAGCACAGAUAGGUGCCUUUUAAAGAAAAUGAUAAAUAUUUGAUAUUUUUUAGGGAAAAAAUCAUCUUAUGGUUUAAUAAAGCUUAAAAAAUCCAGUUUAUCAUAUAUACCUUAUAUUGGAAUUUUGAAAAUGGCUCAAAAGCUAAAUAUUCAUGACUUUGAGCUUCUUCAAACAUUAGGAACAGGUAUUUUAUAAUCAGGAUCAUAUGGACGUGUCCGCUUAGCUAGAAACAAAAACUCUGGGCUUCUAAUUGCAAUAAAAAUGCUUAAAAAAUCUUCAAUACUUCGAAUGAAACAAGUCGAUAAUGUGAUAUCUGAAUUUACAAUUUUGCGAAUAAUAAGGCAUCCUUUUCUGAUAAACUUAUUAGGAUUUUCUCAAGAUGAUCGAUAUUUGUACUUUGCAUUAGAAUAUAUAAAAGGUGGGGAAUUGUAUAUGCGUAUACACGAAUCAUCACGACUUGAGCCAGAACAUGCAAAACUUUAUGUAGCACAAAUAACCCUUAUGUUUGAAUAUUUGCACUCAAUAAAUAUCAUAUAUAGAGACCUGAAGCCAGAAAACCUACUAAUCAAUGAUGAUGGCUACUUAAAACUUAUUGAUUUUGGCUAUGCCAAGAUCGUCGAAGGAAGAACCUAUACUCUUUGUGGCACACCUGAAUAUCUCGCUCCAGAAAUACUAAUGAAUCGAGGAUACGGGAAAUCAGUUGAUUAUUGAGCACUAGGGAUUUUAAUCUAUGAAAUGCUUAGUGGGAUAGAUCCAUUUAGUGAUGAAGAUCCUAUGGCAGUUUAUCAAAAAAUUUUGAAAGGAAAAUUCCGGUUUCCUAUAGAUUUUGAUAGGAGAGCAAAAAGUUUAGUCAAACAUUUAUUAGUCGCUGAUAUAAAUAAAAGGUAUGGCACUAUGAAAGGAGGCUGCGAAGAUAUUAUCAACCACAGAUGAUUUGAAGGGCUGGACUGGCAGAAGUUAUUUCAUAAAGAAAUAAUAAUGCCGUAUAUGCCUGGACAAAGAAACCUAAAUGAUACAAGUGUUAUGUCAGGUGAGCAGGAGUCAGAUACACAAUCGCCAGGGAUUAGACCUAAUGAUGAUCCAUUUUUAGACUGGUAA